AUGGCUGUAUCGGAAGCAACUAUAAAUUGCCUGGCAGAAGCUAUCUCUGAGACUGCCAAAGCCCUUACAGCAUACUUGGAGCAGAAUGGGCAUUCUGCCCCAUCAUUUGAAGAAGGCGGCCUGGAGCAGUACCCCAAAAAUGAAUUGGUGACGGGUCUCCGGUUUCAGCUCCUUGAGGCGGCUUCAGACUUGUAUCAUUUGGCUCUUGGGCCAGCAGACAUGGGAUUUUUGCAACCGCUUUUUUGGAACCAUGAUACGACCAUCCUCGAUGUUCUCAAUCGAUUUGGCUUCUUCACCUCUGUGCCGGUUGGAGGAUCCGCCACUUACAGCGACAUCGCUGCCCGAACUACGCUUCCAGAGUCUCUUGUGCGACGAAUCCUUCGUCACGCCAUGACCAUGAGGUUGUUUGACGAAAAGCCGUCUUAUUCAGGUAAAAUUGUCCACACAUCCACUACGGCGUUUAUGUCUAAGAACCCAAUCUGGCGGAGCUGGGUGGCACACAAUAUGGAGGACAUGCGACCUGGGAUCGUUUAUCUGCCAGAGUCUCUCAAAAAGUUCAGUGUAGGCAAGGAUGUGCCAAGCGAUGAUAUCUUACAGUCUGGCUGCGCAAUUGCUGAUUUUGACCGCGUCGGCCAUCCCUCGUCGCUUUGGGAGUAUCUAGAGAGGACACCGGAGGGAAUGCCAUCAGAUUACCGCGUUAAUCGUUUUGCAGAGGCGAUGCAGGCAGCUGCUUUGAGUUCAGCUGUCAAGACAGAGGAUCUUUUGAGUACAUACGAUUGGGCACGCUUGGGAAACGCAACGGUAGUUGAUGUCGGAGGCUCCUCAGGGCACGAUGCAAUGAACUUGGCUAUGUCGUUUCCUUCACUCAAGUUCAUUGUCCAAGAUCAGUCGGCAAACGAAGCCAGAUUCCAAUCAAAUCUACCUGCAGACUUGGUAUCGCGGAUAUCCUUUCAGACACACGACUUCUUUACGCCACAGCCUAUAUCAGCCGAUGUAUAUAUGUUGAAAAUGAUUCUGCACGAUUGGCCAAACAAGCAAGCCAUUUCAAUCCUGCAGAACUUGAAACAUAAUCUCAAGCCAGGAGCUGUUAUUCUUCUCUGUGAGAAUGUUCAGCCAGCAGCUUUCGAUCAAGAAGGCAAUCGUAUCCUGCCUGUAACGGCCCAUCGAAUGGCAUCUUGCCUUGACUUGCAAAUGUUGGCGGUCUUUAACAACCUUGAGCGGACGAUAGAGCAGUGGGACGCAUUGAUCAAAGAGGCAGAUGAACACUUUGAGAUUCGCUCAGUCGUUACAGUUCCGGGUUCUAUUCAGAGUAUCUUAGAGGUGGUGCUUAACUUCUAG